UCAUCAUCCCCGAUUCCUUCAUCGAGUCAAACUGGAUCUCCUUGCAUCGAUUGCCAUCAGCAGCCAACUCUCAGCAGGCAAAGAUGGCAUCAGCAAGCGCCACCGGCCACAAUGCUCUUCUGGUGAGCAUUAUACUUUUGGCGACAGAGUGUGCAUGCACUGCGGAGACUCCAUAUGCGGCUGGUCUGUCUGAGGACUUUUACGAGAAAACCUGCCCUCAAGCAGCUUCCAAUGUCGACGCCUACGUCACCAAGUUCCUCAGGAAGGACAGAAACUUUGCUGGUGCCUUCAACAGGUUGCAGUUCCAUGAUUGCUGGGCCGGGAAUUCGACCCAAACGAACCAAGCAGAGAGGGAAGCUCAUGUCAACUUCGGGCUCAGAGGCGUUGCAGAGGUCGAUCAAAUCAAGGCCGCCCUGGAACAUUCCUGCCCAGGAGUUGUAUCUUGCGCCGACAUUCUGAUCAUGGUUGCUCGUGAUGCCACAGCCAAGGUUGGAGGCCCUACUUGGCCAGUCGCUAUGGGUCGUAGAGACGGAGUGAACUCCACAUCCUUGAUGGCUGAUAGCAAUCUACCAUUCCCUGUGCUGAACUUCAGCGGGCUGGUUGCUAACUUGGCUGCCAAGGGCUUCAAUGCAAGAGAAAUGAUCACACUAUCAGGUGCACACACUAUUGGUCGGACUCAUUGCAACGGAAUCCUCCCACAUCUCUACAACUUCACCGGAAAGGAUGAUGCGACAGGCACCGACCCUGCCAUGAAUAAGAACUUCGCUGUAUUCCUCAAGAAGCAUUGUCCUCAGGGUAACACGACCAACACAAUCUUCAUCGACUCCACAGCCAUUACCUUCGACCGUGCAUACUACAAAAGUGUGCUGCAGGGUAAGGGAAUCUUCAUCACUGAUGCGGCGCUCAUUACCAAUCCUGCAGGCAAGAAAGUCGUCACCACGUUCUCGAAACCUGGAUCCACCUUCUUCACAGAAUUUGCUGCUGGUAUGGUGAAGAUGGGAAAUCUGGGGGUGCUGACUGGCACCGAGGGUGCAAUUCGCAGGACAUGUCAGUUCGUCAACUAGGAGGCAAUUCUAGAGUUUCAACACGCUUUAGAUCAGUCCGAUGAGCAGCAGUUAGACAUCGCAAAGCAUUCGAGUCAGAUCCAUAGAAUAGGUUCGUGCAUUAUUCAUUCAUCCUUUUGUUUGCCGAAUUUCCAUAAAAGCUCCAGUUGUAGAGGUUUUUGAGCCUCCUCCCAAUGGACUUAAACCACCAAAAGCAGGACUGAUGAACGUCUUUGGCUACAACUGCCGCAACCUGGAACGAAUAGGUCGGGUCAUUGAGCUUCCGGACUUCGGCCAGGGAUUGUCGAAUUGUCGAGUUAACGAUUUUCGAUUGUAAGUCUCCCCCGAGACAGACUGUUUAGAAGAAUAAACAAAUCUGAGCGAUACCUGAAAGAU